CAGGAGGGAGGGGCAGGGAAAGGAGCCCGGGCGCCUGGGGCCGCGUGGCCUCUUCCUUCCAGGCGUCCCGGGGUGCCCUCACUCCCAGUCCCCGCCGUCUCAUUUGCCGCCUUCCGACGCGUGACCCCAGCGCGCUCGCGUCCCGGGCCGGUGACAGGCGCGGGGUGCGCCAAGCGGUCCCAUGUGCCCCCUCCCUCUCGCGGCCGCCGCAGUCACCGCGCCCCGAACCCCGCUCCGACUCCUCGGCAGAGGGCUCGCCGCCGCCAUGUCUACCGCCAGGCCACUCAAAUCCGUGGACUACGAAGUGUUCGGGAGAGUGCAGGGUGUUUGCUUCAGAAUGUACACUGAAGAUGAGGCUAGGAAGAUAGGAGUGGUUGGCUGGGUGAAGAACACCAGCAAAGGGACCGUGACAGGCCAGGUGCAAGGCCCCGAGGAGAAAGUCAAUUCUAUGAAAUCCUGGCUGAGCAAGGUUGGAAGUCCUAGUUCUCGUAUUGACCGCACCAAUUUUUCCAAUGAAAAAAGCAUCUCUAAACUUGAAUACUCUAAUUUUAGUAUUCGAUACUAAUAUGAGAAAUUAUACUGUAUGAUAGACAUUGUACUCUUAAGUCUAUAGACUAAAAUAAUAGCAGAGUAGGUUAAAAAACGGAACUUUCUGCUCUGAAAGCUGUAACAUUAUGUCACUACGAGCGUCUGAUACUGAGAGAGUUUUACUCAACUGUGUUUUAAACAAGCAAAAACUUAGCAUUCUAAAAUUUAAAAUGUCAUUACAAAAUAUUUAAAAUGAAUAUUUAAUUUAAACAAUAUUGUCUCAUGGAAUCUUUAAUUCUAAUGAAUAUUAUGGCAUGUAUGUUAUUUGGCUGGACAUAAUAAUAAAGUUAACCAUUUAAAAUUAUUUUUAGGUUCCGUUGUCUGAAUUGAAUUCUAAAAUCUGAAAAAUAAUUUGUUGUUAAAGUUGAGUAAUUUGUUUAAUAACAAUUACAAACAAAAAUAACCAGUAGUUAGAUAUAAAUGUCUAUGUGAUGACCAACCGUAUAGCCAUAAAAUCAAUAGAGUUAAUUUUAAA